AUGUCGGCCGCGGAGUUAAAAAAGUGUUUUUCCGAUCCAAUUCAACUUCUAAAAUUGAUUAUUUUGACAGUUUGCGUGUUUGUUUCUUUCUAUCAAACUGCGCAGUGCAUCUGGAAGCUGAUUAACCCCCCGAUUUCCACUUAUUAUCGAUUUUACUUAAACGAAACCAUGCGAUACCCAUCAGUGACGAUCUGCCGCAGGCCUGGUUUUAAAACAGACUUGUUUUCAAAAUAUGGACUUAAGACAACCAAGCUACUCGCAGCUAACGCUUUUCGCAAUUUCAACUUUGACGAUUACACGAUUCAAGAGUUUUUAAAUGAAACAACUUACACAUUCGCAGAGGUUUUCGGAUCGUACGCAUUUGGAGGCACUGGAAACCAAUUCGCAGAUGUGGACAUAAGUUCAUUUCAGACGUUGGAAUUCGGACGAUGUUUUACCUUCAUUCCAAAAAGGAAUUCUGAAACUUUCAAUAUGGGUGGUGGAUGGUUUUUUUAUUUGAAUCACAACCACACCGUCCGACGCACAGACGAAUACGGCCAAUCGCUUACAGGAUUUCAUUUGUAUCUCCAUAACGAAAACGAAGUAUUAGACACUGAAAGUACGCACGGUAGCAACUUGAUGCAGUAUCUCGACGUGCAGUCAGCCGAACUGCUUAAUGUUCAACUGAAGCUCAAAGAGUAUUACAAAAUAUCCACCAGUUCUAAUCCAUGCGUAAGCGGACAAGACAAGUACAGCAGAUCGAAAUGCAUCGAAAGAUGUCACCAGAAGCAAAUAUUAGAACUGGCAAAUUGUACACUACCGUGGAUAUUCGCUGUGCCUCCCGAUCAGUCACUACCUCAGUGUUCGAGUUCGACGGAUGUUUCUUAUCUAGUAUCUGGAUUUACAAAUCACAACAGAAGCCGACUGCUGUCCAACUGCGACUGUCAAAUUUCAUGCAACGUAUCUUUGUUUAGCGCUAGUAUUGUAAACAGAAGGGACGUGGAAGAUCGAAACUAUCCAGACAGUAUAGUUACAAUUCACUACCCGACGAAUCUUGUAAGUUUUAUGAGCGAAGAACUUGGUUACGACUGGAACGAUCUUCUGUCUGACAUUGGCGGUUCGCUAGGAUUUCUACUGGGUCUGUCUGUGGUAGGAAUUAUAGGAGUUUUGGGGAAACUGCUGUGCUUUUUAUUGAAAUUACAUCUGAACAAACAGCAAGACAGCCAAUCCAUUGGAAGCCAUAAUGAAGACUGUCAGAACAAAGAGAACCAAAAUUAUUUAAAUAACAGCAGCACUGGCAAUGAGAAACGUACCAAUGUAAAGUUAUAUGAUAACUUGAGGGAUUUUGAUAGCUUGGAUUUAAAAUGUUAUGAGAAGACGCAUAUCGUGGAUGCAUAAAUAGUUUUGAUGUAAUGAAAACUAAAUUUGAGCUACACGUUAAUUAACGCACACGUCAUUGCAUUUCUCCAAAGUCUAAUUUUUCAAAAUUAAAUAUUAGGGGUAUCCUAAAUUUUCAGCCUAAUCCGAGCCUGUAUGUCUACAUAACUUUUAGGUUAUUAGAACACAAAGCAGUUGCCAAUUUGCCAGCUUAUAAUACUGUAUAACUGACACACGCGCUCACACACACACACAGAUCGAGAUAUAUUUUUAAACCGUUCAUUUCAAGAAUGCUGGUGGGUCUCGACGAAUACGAAUGCAGCAAUAGUUUUACCAACUUACCCUUUACGUUAGUUUGCAGGUCCGGUCCUCUUGGCGCACUAAGUUGUUCCUUAAAUGAAGCAUAACCAAAAUAAUUUUUAAUAAACUUAGAUCAAAUAUUUGUUGGAAUUUUCGAUUAAAAUAGAAACUUGACCUUGUCUAAUUUCGUUCAUUCAGUGGUGCCAUGGUAGCUUAUUAUAUACCAAGAGGCGUACUAUCAUAAUAUAAUGGGUACUUUUUAGUAGGAUUGUGUGGGUAACUUUUAAAUCAUUAAAGAUACGGGGUCUGUUAAAUGGGAUAAAAUUUUAGAAAAACCAAACUUUACAUAAAAAAAUUGUAUUAUUCAAAAUGACUUUCUUCAUAAUUUACUUCUUUUCUAUACGACAUUAACAUAUAAAAAAAACUCUAGAGAGGACAAAUAAGUUCCAAAGAACUUUGUCUUAAACAUUAUAAUUUUGGUAAUACUUUUUUUUGUAAAACUUGUAAUAAAUGUGUAAGAAAGCUAUUUUCUGUUGUGCGUUGAAAAUUAAUUAAUAAUAAAUAAUAUAAUAACAAACUUUAUACCUAAGUACUGAUUGAUUAGGAAAACAUACGGGAACAAACCCUUGCAUUACGUAAUUGGCAAAACUGAGAAAAGUUGACAUAUGUAUGAAAUAUAUUUAAAGUUAAUACAAAA